AUGACUGCCGACAUAUCGAACGCGGCGAGCCGUGUUCUCUCUGCCGAACCCACGCGUGAUCCAGCAUUCGAUGAAUUCUCAUUUCGCCCCUUUCUCCGCAAAAAUUUCGGGUUCGGUCUCGUCAGCGAUGUCCCCGCUUGCAGAGCUUACGGUGAAGGACAUUGCCCCUUAGGACCAGCCUGUCCUGACCGACAUCCCACACCCUCUCGUGUCACGACAUCUACGACAACAGCCUCGGGCCUCGCCCCAUCAACAACCCACGGUUCCCUGGUGUGCAAACAUUUUUUGAAGGGGCUAUGCAAAAAGGGCAUCAAGUGCGAGUAUUUGCAUGAGUACAAUCUGCGCCGCAUGCCCGAAUGCCAGUCAUUCUCUCGCUCUGGGUAUUGCCCAAACGGCGACGAUUGUCUCUACCAACACGUUCGCGAAGAGGCACGGCUUCCCCCGUGCGAGCACUAUGAUCGUGGAUUCUGCGAAUUAGGGCCUCUAUGCGCAAAGCGUCAUGUCCGACGCAAAAUCUGCCCCUUCUAUCUGGCAGGGUUUUGUCCCGAUGGCAAAGCAUGCGCCAACGCUCAUCCUCGAUGGACGGAGAACCUUCCGCGGCCCACAAUUCGCACGGAAAAGACAGAGGAGGAACUAGAACAUGAGCGAGCUCUGAUCCGAGAAGAACAAGAACGCGAGAAGGAGCGAGAGCGUGAAUGGCGCAGUGAGCGUGGGCGUGGCGGUGGCUUCAUGCGAGGCAGAUAUCGCGGCCGAGGCCGCGGUUGA